AAGAGAAGGAGGAGGACUCAUCUUCAAAUGGGAGGGGCCAUCCAGUCCACCAUUAGCCCGAGGCAGGGCCACCCUGGCUUCCUUCUCAUCAAGUCCAAGCUCAAGGAUGGAUUGAAGCUAGGGAAGGGGAUGGUGACCGGUCUCAGAUUUUCUUCCAAGUCACCUUCAAUCUGAAGAGCCACCCUCAGUCCCCAAGGAGACAGGGUGGCAUCUGGACCAGUGGAGUCAGAGCUGCAGUCAACAGAGCCAUUCAUCUCAGGGCCUCAGCCGCUCUUAAUGGACCUUCCAGGCACUGCUGAGAAAACCAGGUUAAAUGCUCCCUGUGACAGCAAUGAGUAGGACCAGGGCUCUCUCCAGACUUGAGAAAGGCCAGGAGAGGGCUGAGGGGUGGGGUGGAGAGGAGGAGGAGAAAAAUGGUCACCUGAUGAGCGCCUACCCUGUGUCAAGCCCUGGUCCUUAAAUGUCACCUCACUCAGUCUUCCCCACAGCCCUCAAGGCUGAGUUGAUGAGCACGCUCAGGGUGAGGUGACAGCUCGCAGAUGGUUAGGGGCUGAGUCAGCCUUGGUGUUAGGGACUUGAGCUGGUAUGUUCCUGGGCGUUGGGUCCCAGGCCUGCACCUUGCCAGCUCUAUGCUGCGGCCAGUUACUUCCCCCUUCAGAUAUCUCAGUUUCCUCAUCGGCUGCCUUCUGGGACUUCUGGGAGACAUGCACGUGACAGUUUGUGGCGCAGAAACUGGCUAGCAGUAGGGGCUGCUCCGGGCGUCAGAAUUUGCUCCAACCCUUCACCGGCCAACGUGGAGCUCACUAACUCCUGGCUCUUCGGAUACCAAACGUGUAGGGUUUUCUCCUCCUUAACACCAACCAGUUCUGACACCAGCUCUGCGAGUUAGCACAGCCCCUCCAGAUAAGAAAACUGCAGCCAGAAGAAGGACCCUGGCUUUGGAAGGUGGAGCUCAGGCCGAGGAGGUAGAUGCUGUCCUUGGUCGGCUCACGCCUCUCCAGAUGUAGGAAGCCCCGUCAGGCAGCCAUGGAGUGGCACAACGACACAAGCCAGGCUCUGGGCUCACCGCCGACCACCUGUGUCUACCGAGAGAACUUUAAGCGGCUGCUGCUGCCCCCCGUGUACUCCGUGGUGCUGGCGGCUGGCCUGCCGCUGAAUAUCUGUGUCAUCGUCCAGAUCUGCUCGUCCCGCCGGGCCCUGACGCGCUCGGCCGUGUACACCCUGAACCUGGCCCUGGCUGACCUGCUGUACGCCUGCUCCCUGCCCCUGCUCAUCUACAACUAUGCCCGAGGUGACCACUGGCCCUUCGGCGACCUCACCUGCCGCCUGGUGCGCUUCCUCUUCUAUGCCAACCUCCACGGCAGCAUCCUCUUCCUCACCUGCAUCAGCUUCCAGCGCUACCUGGGCAUCUGCUACCCCCUGGCCCCCUGGCACAAGCGUGGGGGCCGCCGGGCUGCCUGGAUAGUGUGUGGAGCCGUGUGGCUGGCUGUGACGACCCAGUGCCUGCCCACAGCCUUCUUCGCCGCCACAGGCAUCCAGCGUAACCGCACUGUCUGUUACGACCUGAGCUCGCCUGCCCUGGCCACCCGGUACUUGCCCUAUGGCAUGGCGCUCACAGUCAUCGGCUUCCUGCUGCCCUUCGCCGCCCUGCUGGCCUGCUACUACCGUCUGGCCCGCCGUCUGUGCCGCCAGGAUGGCCCCACGGGGCCUGUGGCCCAGGAGCGGCGUGGCAAGGCAGCCCACAUGGCUGUGGUGGUGGCAGCCGUCUUUGCCAUCAGCUUCCUGCCUUUCCACAUCACCAAGACAGCCUACCUGGCGGUGCGCUCUACGCCGGGUGUCUCCUGCCCCGUGCUGGAGGCCUUUGCAGCCGCCUACAAAGGCACGCGGCCCUUCGCCAGUGCCAACAGCGUGCUGGAUCCCAUCCUCUUCUACUUCACCCAAAAGAAGUUCCGCCAGCGGCCACAUGAACUGUUCCAGAAACUCACAGCCAAGUGGCAGCGGCAGGGGCGCUGAGCCCCUGGGGCAGGACAGACCCCAGUAUCUCAGCAACAGCUAUUUAUUGAGCCCGUUUUUGGACCAGGCCUUGUGGGCACAGACACAGGGCAGCCUGAGCCUGGCCCUGCGGAAGGUCCCGUGAGCCAUGGAGAGGUGGAGAAGCCAUGUUAAGCUGCUCACACAAAUAUAUGUGACAUGUACUGUAAUUGAGGAGUAUGCUGCAUGCUUUGGAGUCACUUAUAAGGGAGUGAGGGAAGAUGGGGGUGGGGAGGAGUGAGAACUUCUGGGAAGAGGCAUUUGAGCUGGGUUUUGAGGGAUGAAUAUGAGCGGGGUAUGAUGUUCCAUUCAUUCAGCAAACCUUUACUGACACGGUGUGUUCAGGCCUGGGUUGGUUGUGGGCCCCAAAAGAACCAGACCCAUACAGGCUCCCAACUGCUGGAAGGACUGACGCAGUGACGUCAAGGCUGUGACUGAGGGAAGCGUGGCUGUGGGGACGGGACGGAGUGCUCGGAGGAUGCCCAUGACCCAGAUCAAGAAGUCAGGAGAGAUCUUUUGGGGGGGAGGGGGGAGGAAGGGGAGCAUCUGAACCAGAUGUUAAAGGCUGUUGGGAGCUCUGCCAGCGGAAGAGGGGAGCAUGUUAGUACAGCCUGGGCCAGCCCUAUGCUAGGCCUGCCCUGGGGCAGACAGGCAGGGAGCUGGGGUGGGCGGCAUGUGGCCUCCUGUGUGUGAAAGCAGAAAACGUAAGCGCUGUCUUACGGCCACUCUCCAGACAACCAGUGGCAGGAGGGGGCUCAGCAGGAGAAAUCAGGGAGUGCUUCUUAGAAGAGGUGGAGCCUGAGGUGGGGAGGAGACUCCUGGUGGAGGCACUGUGCAUGCAAAACCCAGAGGCAGAGAUGCGCUGCACUUGGAGGUGAAGCAAGUGAGCUUCAACUCAGCCCGGGUGGGUGUGUGAGGAGUAGGGUGUUAAGAAAAGAAGCUGGGUGAGACCAGAGCAUUAAAUGCCAGGAAGAGCCCCAGACCCCCACUUACCCUCCGCCCACCUCUUCCAGACUCAGGGUAUCCACCAGGCCCCUCCAAGGAGGGGAAGUGGCCCUUGGACAUUGCUUCAUUCUAAAAGGAGAGUCAGCAGCUCAGGAGAAAGAGCCACCCAGGGCCAUCAGGAGGCUGCUACAUGGAGGUCCCGUGUCAGGGGCCUGCUGACCAGUCUCAAGACAGACUGCUCUGCGGCUUCCUCUGUCCUGCCCUCUCAGCUCCAUCAUUCUGGCCUGCGGGUUCCUGGAAGGCUGCCCGGAGGCCAUCUCAUAUGGACACAUCUCAAACACAGACCUGAGCCUUAAAAAGGCUUGUAAAGACAUCUUCACUGAAGGUCCAAGGAGG